ACCAUGGGUAAUUUCUCAAAACCAGAUUUUAUAGCUUAUUUAUCUGAAAAGGUCUACCAUGUGUACCAUUUGUCUACCAAUUGUAAUUUCUUGUUAUACCUACUUACAAAUAACAAAAUAUUUAAGUGAAAAAGUCUUAAAAUGUGAUAAUUUUUUUAAAUUAGGACAUACCGAAAGAGAUGAAAUAUUGUCAUCCAGGAAUUUUAAAUUAUUAACAUCAACAAAAUGUUAUGAACAUCAAGCUACUUCUGAUGUAAAAGAAUUAUUAUUUCCAAGCCCCGAAAUUACCACUACACCCAAACGAAGAAUCCAAGAUAUAAUUAAUAUGCCUAGUCCCAAUGUGGAUUUCUCUACACCCAGGAAAAUAAAAUUAAAAAAUUAAAAACUUAAAGAUCGCAUAUUAAUUAAUUAAAAACAAGC